AUGGCACUACGCAAGGUGAAGAGCCCCAUGAAUUUUGUACCUCAAAGAGGUAUAGAAGAAUUGUGGAAAAACAGCUUCCUUGACAAUGUGCCAAUGAAAAGAAAAAUUGAAUACAGUAAAACGGGAGAUGCAUGGCCAUGUGUUUUACUGAGGAAGAAAAGUUUUGAGGAUUUACACAAGUUGUACUAUAUUAGCUUAAAAGAAAAGAAUAAAUUGUUAGGAGAACAAUAUUUUAAUUUUCAAAACAGCACUAAGAUGAUACAACACGGGAGACUGAAGAAAAUUAAACUUACAAUGAAAAGAAUUUUAACAGUUUUAUCAAGACGAGCGAUACAUGAACAGUGCAUUCGUGCGAAGGAAAUUUUAAAAAAACAACAAGAGAGAGAAAUUUAUGAAACUCAGAAAUUUCAACUUGAAGAACAAUUAUUAUAUUUAAAACAUAAAAUGAAUAUUUUAAAAAAUAAUUCAUCAUUAGAAAAAAAUUCCUUACGUUUAUCUAUAAGCAAAAUUGAAAAUAAUAUUGACCAGCUCAAUAUACUUUUAAACCCCCUUAGAAAGGACACCAUGCAUUUACUUAUACCCAAUUUCAAAUACCAACGCAAGUAUUCUGAUCUACCUGGAUUCAUAUCAUGGAAGAAGCAAAAUGUCGUAGCUCUUCGCAACAACAUGUCCAAGUUGGGCCGCCUUUACUGA